CAAAGUUCUAUUCUUUGUUUUCAUUUGUUCGAAUUAAAAUUUCUCUGUACAAUUUAGCAUUUAUCAUAGCCAUCAGACUUCAAAUCAAAGGCUUCGUGUCAUUUUAAUUAAACGUAAACAAUCCACCUGCUGUAUGUCCGUUAUUAGCAAUCUCAAGGCUCAUGACCCCUUUGCUGAGGCAGCAGAGAAUGAUGUGGGGAGCGUCCAGGAAAAUCUGAUACACAUACGUAUCCAACAGAGAAAUGGACGGAAAACGCUAACUACUGUACAAGGCAUCAGUUCAGAUUUCGAUCUUAAAAAAAUUGUGCGAUGUUGUAAAAAGGAGUUUGCUUGCAACGGCACUGUUGUGGAACAUCCAGAGUACGGUGAAGUCAUUCAGCUUCAGGGAGACCAACGUUCUAAAAUAUAUGACUUUCUGAAGAAAAUUGGAUUAGCAAAGGACGAGCAAAUCAAGAAACAUGGAUUCUAGACAGCAACAACAACAGGUCCCAUCUACAACAAUUACUUCACCGUAGAGACUAGUUACAGUAUAAUCCUUUGUAGCUUUGUAAAAUAAACAUGUAUAUAGUAUUGAUAAACAAAUAAACACAUACUGUCGAAAACACAUCCACAUAUUAAAUAAAACAAUGUGAUAUUGGACAUUAAGGACUGAUACCAUGUAUCUUGCGGACAUUGAUAUUUUCACGCAUGAGUCUGUCGAAUAACCAGUGUAAGCAAUAAUAUGCAAAUAACAUCACAGAAUCUGAGUGUCAUGCAAAAGGAUUAACACGGAUAAUGUACUUAGUGAAUGAAUUAUUACCCGCAGGCUACUGGCGACAAAGGAUAGAUACACUAUGCAGUUAAAAACCUCAAUAGGCCUAUGGCUUUGGCGGAAAGUUUUAAAUCUUCAUUUUUAGCUGAUUUUAUUCAUUUGUCAGAUCCGUUUUAUUAAUUAUGUGAUCGAAGAAGCAUGUAUUCAAAUUCAUUUCAGUUUCCUUAAUGUUGAGUGCCAUUGUUGUUUUUGUUUAACAAAUUUCAUGUAUUCUUUCCAUUAUGCUUACUUCGUAGUUGUAUAAUAUGUGUAUCAACAGUUUGUUUUAUUUUAUGAAAAAAUGAAAUAAAUAUAAAUGAAUAAUAAA